AUGGCACGAUAUACGCCCACUCGCUUACUCAUCUCUUUACUGGCAGUACUCAGCUUGCUCAUCUUCCUCAUUCACAGUCCAUCUUCCUCCCCCAUACAAGCUCUUCGAACGAGAUCAUUUCCUUAUGCUCGAUGGAUCGAAGAUUGGACCACUCAACCACCUCGAGCUCAAAACCCUCUUACUGCACCUCCGUCAACAUGGGGCCAGGCAUACGAAGACGAACGUAUGUCUCUCCUCGAGGAGAAAAAUUAUGAUGCCGAAUGGAUGGCAUGGGCUAUCGGUACUCCUGAACAUAAUCAACUGGGUGGCAACCUCACAGCUUAUUUGGAUAGAUUAAAUCGAUUUGUCGAUACUUACUUCGAAGGAAGCCCAUCCAAACCUGCUUUGAAACAAAUGCUUCGUAAUCUCGGCCAUCAUGUCCCCCCUCCGUUGUUGGAUCAACCGAUGAGACGUAAGGUGUUCAGUACCUGCAAAGGAGGAAAGGAAGAAGUACCGGAGGGCUUCAACCAAUGGGAACGGAGGUUGGGUCCGGUGGGUUGGGAGGUAGAAGUGGCUGAUGAUGAUAGAAUGCAAGAAUGGUUUUCUGAUGCUAUCAAGGGUGAUGGGUUUGGGAGGGGGGAAGAGAAAUUUAGGAGAAUAUGGGAUGCUUUACCCAAACAAGUUUUGAGAAGUGAUCUUUUGAGAUAUCUUAUGAUACUCAUUCACGGUGGUAUCUAUACCGAUUCUGACACUCAACCACGUUCACAUCCAUUCUUAUGGGGAACAGAUGCUCAAUCUCUCAUGCCCCCAUCUCUCAAAGCUAUAAAUCGUAUGCUUCAAUCAUAUUCCCGUCAUCCUGCAUAUGAUAACCUUUCUAUUGAACCACAAACUCCUGAAUCUCCUUGGAAUUACGCAGACAGUUAUCGCGGGGGGAUAGGAGAUGACGAUGUGGCUUUCGUGGCCAGUAUAGAAUGGGAUAGUUUCGAAAGGGAUUUAGGAGAGAAUUGGUGUUGUGGUUAUUGCAGGGCUUUGCAAGUGGUACAGUGGACGAUUGUGGCAAAACCAUUCCAUCCCAUCAUGCUCGACGUACUAGAGACCGUAGUGAAUAAUAUUGAAAAAGGGAUAGAAGAGAAUAAUCUUGAUGGUACUGUCAGAGCAUUGGAUUUAACUGGACCAGGACCAUUUACCGACGCAGUAUACCGUUACCUCCUAGCUCAAUACGGUGUAACACCCCUUGACCUGGUUCGUAGACCAGAGAUAAACACUAAAAUAGGAGACGUGAUACUUUUACCUGAAUGGAGUUUCGCACAACCUGCUCCUCAACCUAACGAAUGGGAUUUCACAGGACCUUCACCUACUUUCAGAUGUGUUUCUCAUGGUUUCAUGGGAAGGUGGAAGAAAGAGGGAUGGGGUGAUUGA